AUGGCCUCCCAAAUACAAGAAGGCGAUUUCUGCCUUGAAUGCAAUUGGGAAGCCUUCCACAUCGAUGGCAAGGCUACGGUAGAUCCCGCGGGUAAUGCCUUCCAACAUCAUUGGAACUGUUCAAGCUAUGAGACCCAGGCACCGCUUCCCCAUUGUGAGGUCGAUGAGGCCUGUUGUGAUGUAGACGACUGCGCGCUGGACUGUGGGUCAGUAUGCAACGGCUUUAUGGGCUGUGACACUUCUACCGUAUGCUCAGUCACUCAUUGCGAUAAUGACAACUGCGAUGAUGAUAAUUGCGACGAUACUCACUGCGUCGAUGAUCAUUGUGAUACCAACCAUUGCGAACAGGAUAACUGCGAGGACAACCACUGUGACAGUAUUGACCCUCUGUGCUUCGAAAACCACUGCUGCGAGGGUACUGCGACUCAGGACUGCGGCUUUGACGCUCUGUUUGGACUCAAUCCCCCACUGUCACCAGAGACAGGCAUUUUCCCUUCUGCGGCAAUGGGAAAUCAUUCCCUUGGUCAUGCGACAAAAGCCAUGCAGCAUCCUCAUCCUGGUCUUCUGAACCCGUAUCAACAGGAAAACUUCCUAUCGUCAUACCAAUCUCAUGCUACCCACUGCGAGCAGGAGGUAUCCAACCACUUCGAGUGCCAUGAUUUCCAGAAAGAUUGGCAAGGAAUGUUCAUGGCGCCUCCUGUUCCCACACGGACCGAAGUCAAUCCAGCCGAAGUUUUCCACAUGCUUGGUAUGUGCUCCGACUUUUCAAUAUGCCAAGAUCAACACGUAUCUGAGCCGCAGAAUGGUCUCGGUGCCUUUGAGAAAUCCAAAAUCGACACAUCUGACGCAUACAAUUGCUUCCACCCUGAACAUCACCAUGUUCACGACCAUUUCAAAAACCCGAAUGAUUUUGACGUGCAAACUACACGCAAAGGGCCUCAUCGCAACCAUCAUCGCUGCCGACCUCACACCCAUGCUCAUUCUCACCCAUAUUCCCCUUAUUCUCGACAGUCUCGCUCAAGCAUUAGCUCCCAUCUCCAUUCUAGCCCAGGAGAGACCCCGCCACCUCUUGAGGGCGAUUCCUCAUCUGUGCUUACCACUCCGGACUUUUCUCCUGCUGACAGCAAGCUACAUAUCUGCAAGUGGGCAACGGAGAUUCAUGGAGUCAAGGCUGCUUGCGGUGCUACAUUUGCAGAUUGUGGUGCUCUUCAAGAGCAUCUCGUUGCCAGUCAUAUGAACACCAUGAAUGGUGCCAAGGGCAAUGGGUACUACUGCUGCUGGGAAGGCUGUCAUCGCCCGGACGAGCCUUUCUCGCAGAAGUCCAAGCUUCAAGGUCAUUUCCUCACACACAGUAACUACAAGAAUUUUUCGUGCUCAGUGUGUGGCAAGGCAUUUGCUAGACAAGCGACAUUAGACCGACACGAGCGUAGUCAUCGCGGCGACAAACCAUACAAAUGCAAACACUGCAAUAAAUCAUUCACAGAUAGCAGCGAAUUGAAAACACAUUCACGAACCCACACCGGCGAAAAGCCCUUUAAAUGCACCUGGCCAGGAUGCAGCUUUACCACGGGCGACUCUUCGAAUAUGUCUAGUCAUAGACUAACCCACGGAGAGCGAAGACAUAAAUGCCUUUUCCCAGGGUGCACUAAGAGCUUCACACGUCCUGACCAAUUAAAACGCCACCAGAGAACGACUCAUAAACAAGACUCUUGCCUGUCACUCCCAUCACCGAACCCCGACCAAUUCGCCAUGACCCCCUUCACUUUGGUCUGA